GUCAAAUUGCAUUUUACCCUUUCACCACAGCGAGUCAAUCAUGGAUCCCUUGCAUUCUCGUGCACAAUCUCCAUCUCAGUUCCCUGCCUCACGCUCCAAAUAUUAUCGUCCUUAUUUCACGUCCGAAGAAAUCCACAUCCUUUCAGAAAAGCAGAAAGGCAAGCUCAGUGUCACCCAAGAAGACAAAGUCAGGCAAACUGCUUGUGGGUUUCUGGAGGCGCUGGGAUCACGAAUGGGCUUUCCCAGGAGAACAAUUGCGACCGCACAGAAUCUUUACCACCGAUUUCACCUAUUCUUUCCUCGAAAAGACUUCAACUAUCAUGCAAGAAUUCUCGACGUCUGCUUGGCCGCGUUAUAUGUCUCUACUAAGAUGCACGAUACGUUGAAGAAACCACGGGAACUGCAGGCUCUGUCGUACGCUCUUCGUUUUCCUGAACUGGUCGCCAAGUCAAAGAACCCUGCUGGUGAGGUAGAUCUUGACACAAUGGACCCAGCGAUUGUGGAACACGAUCGACAACGGUUGCUUGCAAUUGAACGGCUUAUGCUGGAAACAAUUUGCUUCAACUUCACAUCCAGAAUGCCGUUUCCGUAUGUCAUCAAGAUAGGGAGGGCUUUCGGAGCGAAGAAACAGAUAAUAAAGCUGGCUUGGCGGCUAGCUGUUGACAGCCACAGAACGCUUGUUCCCAUCCAGUAUACACCAGUUACAGUAGCGCUCUCAAGCAUUUACCUCGCUUCCCUCUUACUAUCGUGGGAACAGCCCGAAUCUCCUCGUCGGGAGGCUGAUUCGUCAAGUGCUCAUGACUUGCGAGACCAACUCCGUCGGCACGGAGACUGGGAGCAACGAUUUCAAGCACAUGUUGAAGACCUGGAUGUUAUCGCCCAUGACAUGUUGGACCUUCUCAUACAAGCCGCCCAAAGCCCCUCUGCCAACACAUCUCCCCGUACUCCUUCCUCUCCAUCUCCUCAUCCAUCACCUCGAAAUCAUCACUUAUCUUCUACUGCCCAAGCCGUAGAUCCGCUUCCCUACAACGCUGAUCAGUUGCUCCGGUUGAAGAUACACCUGAGGGAAUCGGACCACCACCCUCGAUACCGCUAUAGUCUUGACCCUAAUGGUAUCGACGAUGCAUCAGAGGCACUAGGGAAGAACGAAGGGACUGUCAGGUUCUUAUUUGGACCUCCAGGUAUUGUCGGGCAAGGGAUAUAAAUCGAGGCGUCUUUUCAUUUGUGGAACAUUUGGCAGUUAUCAAGCAUCACACAUGUGUAUCUGUAUAAUUUUCUUUCUCAAUGUUUCUUCUGGCCAAGAGUGCACACCACGGUCACC